CCAGCCUCAGCUAAGACCCGGAGAGGUGGAAUUUCGAUUUGAAACUCCUGAGCCAGGGCUGGCGCUGGGCAUGCUCAGUGCCGCUGCGCGUCGGGCUGCUGCUAGCUGCACUGGCAGCAGAGGUGCUGCCUGGCUCCGAGACUGGCUCUGGAGUCCACCCCACUGUCACCGCCUGCUGCGGGCUACCAGAAGGCCAAGCUCUCAUCUUCUUUGAGUGCCUUGCCCCCGCCCGCCUCGAGUCCCCAUCACCCGCAGCAUCCUGCCCACCCCUUAGGGAGGUGAAGCCAGAGCUGGGCUCUGUCGGCGGCGCCACACACCGUUCUGCGAACCCCAGCCGAGGACCCUUUCAUCGGAUGCCUGGGAUCAGAGGACUCUUGGCAGUGGUCCUCUCAAACAACACUUUGCUUGGAGUGGGGUCGCGGCGGAGUUUCUCCUCCGCCCCUCAAUGCACACACUAUGAGGAGAGCAGUCGGUUUCCCGGCGCUGUGCCUGCUUCUUAAUCUUCACGCUGCAGGAUGUUCUUCAGGAAAUAAUGAUCACUUCUUGGCUAUUCGUCAAAAGAAGAGUUGGAAGCCAGUGUUCAUUUAUCGCCAUUCACAAGAUAUUGAGAAAAGCCUGGAUAUAGCUCAAGAGGCAUAUAAACAUAGCUACCAUUCCCCUUCUGAAGUUCAAAUAAGCAAACGUCACCAAAUUGUCAACUCAGCAUUUCCUAGACCUGCAUAUGACCCGUCUCUUAAUCUGUUGGCUGCGUCUGGUCAAGAUCUUGAAAUAGAAAAUCUCCCAGUUCCGGCAGCAGAUGUUAUUGUGAUGACACUGCAAAUGGAUAUAACCAAGCUGAACAUAACCUUGCUUCGGAUCUUCCGCCAAGGAGUAGCGGCAGCGUUGGGACUCUUACCCCAGCAAGUGCACAUCAACCGUCUCAUUGAAAAGAAGCACCAAGUUGAGUUGUUUGUAUCUCCUGUGAACGGGAAACAGGGAGACCCGCAAGCCCUGCAGGCUGAAGAAGUGCUGCGUUCACUUAACGUCGAUGUUUUGCAGCAGAAUUUACGGCAGUUUGGAAUUACAGACAUCUCCCCUGAGAAAAAUGUUUUGCAAGGGCAGCACGAAGCGGACAAAAUCUGGAGCAAAGAAGGAUUUUACGCUGUUGUCAUUUUUCUCAGCAUCUUUGUUAUUAUAGUAACCUGUCUGAUGAUUAUUUAUAGGUUAAAAGAAAGGUUUCAGCUUUCCUUAAGACAAGACAAAGAGAAAAACCAGGAGAUCCACCUAUCACCCAUUGCGUUACAGCCAGCGCAGUCCGAGGCCAAGACAGCCCACAGCAUGGUCCAGCCCGAGCAGGCGCCAAAGGUGCUGAAUGUUGUUGUGGACCCUCAAGGUCAAUGCACUCCUGAGAUUAGAACCACCACCUCCACCUCUGUCUGCCCUUCUCCCUUCAAAAUGAAACCCAUAGGACUUCAGGAGAGACGAGGGUCCAAUGUAUCUCUUACCUUGGACAUGAGCAGCCUGGGGAACGUGGAACCCUUGGUGGCUGUGUCAACCCCCCGGGAGAAGAUAGCCGUGGAGUACCUGCAGUCGGCCAGCCGUGUUCUCACAAGGCCACAGCUGAGGGACGUUGUGGCGACUUCCCACUUACUUCAGAGUGAGUUCAUGGAAAUACCAAUGAACUUUGUGGAUCCCAAAGAAAUUGAUAUUCCACGUCAUGGAACAAAAAAUCGCUAUAAGACCAUUUUGCCAAAUCCCCUCAGCAGAGUGUGUUUAAGACCAAAAAAUGUAACCGAUGCGUUGAGUACUUACAUUAACGCUAAUUAUAUUCGGGGCUACAGUGGCAAGGAGAAAGCUUUCAUUGCCACGCAGGGCCCCAUGAUCAACACUGUGAAUGACUUCUGGCAGAUGGUUUGGCAGGAAGACAGCCCCGUGAUUGUUAUGAUCACGAAACUCAAGGAGAAAAAUGAGAAAUGUGUGCUCUACUGGCCAGAAAAGAGGGGGAUUUACGGCAAGGUUGAGGUUCUGGUCAUCAGUGUGAAUGAAUGUGACAGCUACACCAUCCGAAACCUCGUCUUAAAGCAAGGAAGUCACACCCAACAUGUGAAGCAUUACUGGUACACUUCAUGGCCUGAUCACAAAACUCCAGACAGUGCCCAGCCCCUUCUGCAGCUCAUGCUGGACGUAGAAGAAGACAGACUUGCCUCUGAGGGUCGAGGGCCUGUGGUUGUCCACUGCAGUGCAGGGAUUGGGAGGACAGGAUGCUUCAUCGCCACAUCCAUUGGCUGUCAGCAGCUGAAAGAAGAGGGAGUCGUGGACGCACUAAGUAUUGUCUGCCAGCUUCGCGUAGACAGGGGUGGCAUGGUCCAAACCAGUGAGCAGUAUGAAUUUGUGCACCAUGCCCUGUGCCUCUACGAGAGCAGACUUCCACCAGAAACUGUCCAGUGAUCCCGUGAAGAUUCACCAACGUGUCAAUCUCUCACGGGUGAUUAAUAAAAUCACCUGCUUUCGGCUGCUCGAAGGAGCCCUCCUGCAGCAGACGAGGAGGCUCUAAAACCAACCUGAGGCGUGGACUGGGGAAGACCUGGCAACAUAAAGGUCUGCCAACCCUUUGUGUAUAGGAAUGCAUCUGUAAGCACCCCCCCCCCCCAAAUUAUUUCGGAGGUCCUGUGCUGAUGGCGGUAUGUUAAUUUCUCACACAGCCUAAGGUGGAUUUUGUUUUGUCUGUGCGGCUUCCCUGCCACACGGAAUCCAUGUGUGUAAUAUUCAGUGACUGACGACAGGAGGAGCCGCUGAAGACGUCGUCCUCAUGUGUUUAGAUGCUUUCGUGUUCACCGAGUCUGGCUUGUGAGUGGACGGCCAGCUAGUCACCUGUCCCGGUUUAAGUGCUAUUACCUAUCUCAGUUACCAGAAUCUUGCUGCUGACGUUGCAAGUGAUCAAUAACAGAUUUUUAAAAAAAAUAGGUUUUUGUUUUGGAAGAAAAAAUCAAAUGCAGUAACUAUUUUAUAUGGAAAUGUGUCUUGAUAAUAUCUAUUAAAUGUGUAUUUAUAGUACCUCCUAUGAAUCAAUUACAGAGCACAAUGACUGUCAUUGGAUACAUAUAUACAUAUAUAUGUAUGUAUGUCUAUAUAUAUAUAUAUUCUAUUAUUAGGCACAGAGUUGGUUCUUGUUCUACAACUCCAGCCACUAUAUUUCUACAUUGUGACUUGUUUUGCUUUCAAAAGGGGAUCAACAAAUUUAUAGUAACUCUAAAAAGUACCAAUAAUUUUAAAUACUCCUUUCUCUUCUUCUAAGAAGGGAUUUUUGAAUAUGCUGUCUACCCGGAAUCUCUCUCCCAAUACGAGGCAGGUGCCUUGGGGGGGAUGCUCCAACCUGCCUCAUUCCCAGAAGUUCUUCUAAAGGAUGCUGUCACGCACGUCCUUCUAUUUCUAAAAGUUUUCAUUUCUCAUGAGACAAAGGAAGGCGAGAGGACUACCCCCAGCAAACAUGAGAUGUUGGGCUCGCUAUGAAUGUUCAAUGCAGCAAAGUUGACAUUGUUUUCAUACUACCAAUAAACGGCUCUUAA